AUGGCAUUCCAGAGAGCUGAGGGCAUGUCCAUUAUCCAAGCCUUGGCUAUGACCGUGGCGGAGAUCCCUGUGUUCCUGUACACAACCUUUGGACAGACCACAUUCUCGCAGUUAAAGCUUUCCCCAGGUCUCCGGAAAGUCCUGUUUGCAACUGCUCUCGGCACAGUGGCUCUGGCUCUGGCAGCCCACCAGCUGAAAAGGCGGAAACAUAAGAAGAAGCAAAUAACAGCGGAGAGUGGAGGCCUGAAACCAGGCGGGGUACCUACAGCUGUAUUGCCUGUCAGACGCUCCUCUUCUGUAAAGAAAGGAUACUCCCGCAGAGUGCAGAGUCCAAGCAGCAAAAGUAAUGACACCCUCAGUGGUAUUUCCUCUAUAGAGCCAAGCAAGCAUUCAAGCAAGCGCUCAAGUUCCACUCACAGCCUGGCUUCGGUAGUGGCAGUCAACUCCUCCAGUGCAAAUGCCCCAUCCCUGGAACCAUGGGGGUCUCGAGAGAUGGAUGAACAGUUAGCUGCGGAUGACUCUAAUGCAGAGAACCUUUAUGUUCAAGGAAUGGAGCUGUUUGAAGAGGCUCUGCAUAAGUGGGAGCAGGCACUGAACAUUGGC